AAUCCUUUAUAUCGACAUAAUUUCUGUAAAUGGCCUGGAUGUGAUACACAUUGUGAAGAUUUUAAAGCAUUUAUCAAGCAUAUUAAUCAUGAACAUAUAUUAGAUGAUAAAAGUACAGCUCAAGCCAGAGUCCAGUCACAAGUUGUUAGUCAGCUGGAAAUGCAGUUAUCAAGAGAAAAAGAAUUAUUACAAGGAAUGAUGCAACAUUUACACGUACAUAUGAAUCAACCAAUCUUACCAUCAGCUCUACCUACAGCUCUACCAGUGUCUAUAACAUCUUUACCAUUACCAUCACCUUCCAUGACAUUAACUAUACCAGCAACAUCUUCAGUUCAACUAGCUCAUUCUCCAUCUAAUUCAUCAUUAAAUGUAACAACGAGUUCAUCAGGACCAAUGAGAAGACGAGUUUCAGACAAAUGCAAUCUUCCUAUAUCAGCAGAAAUCCAAAGAAAUAGAGAUUUUUAUAAACAUACAGAUGUUAGACCCCCAUUUACUUAUGCAUCUUUAAUAAGACAGUCUAUUAUUGAAUCACCACACAGACAGUUAACAUUAAAUGAAAUUUAUCAGUGGUUUCAAAAUACAUUCUCUUAUUUUAGACGGAACGAAGCUACAUGGAAGAAUGCUGUUCGGCACAACCUUAGUCUCCACAAAUGUUUUAUGCGAGUUGAGAACGUGAAAGGAGCUGUUUGGACAGUUGAUGAAAUCGAAUUUUACAGACGAAGGCCUCAGAAAUUGAGCGGGUAUGUUGUUAUACUUUCAAAC